AAAAUUGUUCUUUUUAUUUAUAAUCUGAAUCCUCGUUUCUUGUAGCCCUCUUCCUUUUCUCUUUUGUAUGCAUUUCUUCCAAAUCAGUGUGCAAAUACUCUACUUCCGACGCUAAAGGAGGUGUAAUUCUACAUUCUUCCCCUUAUUGUUCAUAAUCUAGUGUACAAAGAACACUGUUAAUUUUGCCCACAAGAAUGGCGUAAACAUUUUAUUUUAAUUUCAGUUGAACAAUUAAUUCGAAAUUCCCAAACUAAUAAUCUUGUUUUUUUCGAAACCCAGAUAGUGGAAUCGUUUUAUAGAUGUUUUAUUGGCUUUGAAGAAUCUAAUCAUAAAUGUUCAGUGGGUUAGUGCUUUUGGUGAAAAAACGUCAAUAUAUUUCUCGCCAUUUUUGCCAUCUGCAUCGACAUUUUCUUGGAGGUGGAGAUGGUGAAGAGGAGGUGAAGGUGAUUCCCUUUGGACGCGAAACUGAUGAUCCCUUUUAUAUAGAUUUGCCUGAGCCUCUUAGAUGCAAAUCAGAGAGAAAACCAUUUCCGACUCCCAUGAAUAUUUUGAUAAAACGAGCUAAAGAAGAAAGGGAAUUGAUGAAAUUGAAUCCGUGUCGAGUUCUUGAGCACCCUCCUGAUAAUGGACUUCUCGUUCCUGAGCUUGUGGAAGUUGCUAGAAAGGUUUAUUGGGCGAGAGAAUCACUUCUAAAGGGCAUCUCCAAACUUCUCACCAUUGUACCUGUUCUAAGAUGCAGGUCCUGUUCGGAAGUUCAUAUAGGCCAUUUGGGACAUGAAAUACGUACCUGCACUGGACCAAGAAGUGGCUUUCGCAGUGCUAUGCAUGAUUGGAGAAAAGGAGGCUUAAAUGAUGUAGUUUACUUCCCCAAAUGCUUCCACCUUUAUGAUUGUGUUGGGAAACCUAGAGUUACACAUAAGGAGAGAUUCAAUUAUCCACGUAUUCCUGCAAUAUUGGAGCUCUGUAUACAAGCUGGUGUUAAUCUAGAACAGUAUCCUGUGAGAAGGAGAACUAAGCCUGUCUAUUCCAUUGAAGGAAGAAUCGUAGACUUCGACCCUGAAAUCAAUGAAAAAGGUUCUGAUUUUAAUAAAGAAGCUAGUGUGGAUUGUCUUCAAAUGGAUACUGAUUUCAGGAAUGGAUUAGAUGAUAGGAAGGGUGAACUUGUAAAAAACCCUAUUCAUCCAUUAGUGCAGUCGAAUUUCGAGGAGGGAAGCUUGAAGGACUUGAGCAUUGGGACGAUGGAAUCAUGGCUUGAGAUGAUAUCAGGCACAAGAAAGAUCAUGGAAAAAUAUUGUGUAUGGACUUGUGGUUACUGCCCUGAGGUUCAGGUGGGUCCUAAAGGACACAAGGUGCGGAUGUGCAAAGCAUCCAAGCAUCAGUCUCGUGACGGCUUGCAUGCAUGGCAAGAGGCAACCAUUGAUGAUCUUGUUGGCCCAAACUACGUUUGGCAUGUUCGAGAUCCAUCUGGCCCACCUUUAGCGAACAAUUUAAAAAGGUACUUUGGCAAGGCUCCAGCUGUUUUGGAAAUGUGUGUGCAGGCAGGUGCACCUAUUCCAGAACAAUACCGGAGUAUGAUGAGAUUAGACGUGGUUCCUCCUGAUGUUGAUGAGGUCGACCUUGUUGCAUGAUGCUUAAGUUGAAAUGGUGCUGUGGUUUUUGAGUGUGAGGCGUUACCUUUUUAUCCAAUUGAGCGUAUAAAUAAGGCGUUACCUUACUGACUGCAUCAAUGUGCUGAAAGAACACCGUGAAUAUGAAAAAAGACAACUACUUGCGAUUUUAGUCCUGAGCACUUGCUGCUGUGAAUGUCAUGGUGUUGAGCUGCAUGGCUAUCUAGCAGAAGGAAGUCUGCCUGAUGUGUUGCAAAGCCAGAGCUAGGAAUAUUUUCCUUUGACGUCCUUUAUCAUCUCUUAAAUUAAGGAAGCUGGUCGAGCAUUUGACCUUGGAUGAGUUUUCGACGCAUGUUAUUAGUUCUAGCCAAUGCCCGACAUCAGUGAUAGCUAGCAGACGUUGCAAGCAUGGCUCAAAGAUGGCUUGUAUGACAAAAGGCUUCGUGAGGAUGAGUAACAGGAGCAAAUACGUUUCGCUACAAGAUUUAGUGCCAUCUUUAACCUGUUUCCUUGGAGUGCUUUCAAGAAGUACUUCCUGAAGCUUUCAGGAUCUAAAGAUUUUUCUGAAGUGCAUUUCUGUAGAUGUUGUGGCCUAUACGUUACGUUUGAAAGAUUUUUCCGGUUUUGUUAGUCGCAGGUACCCGUCUACCGGGUUGGCCCGUAUAUUUUUUGCCUUGUUCAUGAACCAGGCAUUGUUAUACUUUUAACGUUGCUACUGACAUUAAUCAAUCAAAGAUUAUUCCGAUUA